CAGCAGAUAGUCCGGAGCACGGACAUUAGAACCAGUUCCUCAUUGCCCCUCCCCCCUCCUGCCCUCCUUCAUCCUCUCUGCCUUUAUUCCAAAAUCAUCAUAGGCAAGCCUUGAAUCAUGGAUCAUAAGAACAAUUUCGAACCUAUACCCUCUCCCGCACAAGGUGUUGGACCGUUCUACAGACCAGAGGACGAAAAGCCUACAGCAACAGUCUCCAAGGAUAUAUCCUACGAGAAUGUCCAUGUCCUUCCACAGACCCCUCAAUUGAUUGCUCUUCUCACCAUGAUCAGAGACAAACAAACCUGUCGCGCCGACUUCAUCUUCUAUUCUAAUAGAAUCAUUCGCCUCCUAGUCGAGGAAGGUCUCAACCAUUUACCAGUGGUCGAGCAAUCGGUUACCACACCAGUAGGCAGGGUUUACCUCGGAGUUAGAUUUGAAGGCAAAAUAUGCGGCGUUUCGAUAAUGAGGGCAGGGGAAGCCAUGGAGCAAGGCUUAAGGGACUGCUGCCGAUCUGUGCGUAUCGGCAAAAUCCUGAUCCAAAGGGAUGAGGAGACCUGCAAACCAAAGCUUUUCUACGAGAAGCUUCCAACUGAUAUCCGCAAUCGAUGGGUACUCCUUCUAGAUCCAAUGUUCGCAACCGGCGGCUCUGCAACGCUUGCGGUCGAAGUUCUUAAGGCAAAAGGUGUUCCGGAAGAUCGCAUACUCUUUCUCAAUCUUAUUGCAAGUCCAUCAGGAGUCGCGGAUUUUGCAGAUCGAUUUCCCAAGCUCAGGGUAGUGACUGCAUUUAUAGAUCAGGGCUUGGAUGAGAAAAAAUAUAUCAUCCCGGGGCUGGGUGACUUCGGUGAUAGAUACUAUACACUCUAGAUCGACAUUGGUACUUGUAAGAGGUUGUCAGGUGCAUGGGGGUGGUCUUGACGGGAUCUUCUUUGAAUGACAUUACUUUUAUUACACUCAAUAUGGCGGUAUGUAGGCAUUAAUGGAGUCUUUAAACCAGAGCAAGGGAGAUCUGGUUCUUACUCCC